CAUGGCGGAUGUAGAGGCAACGAAGUCUUUGAGCGGACUGUUGAAUGGAAUAGCUCAAAAAGUGUAUUACAACAACAGCGAAAUCACAGAGGAGCUGCUGAAACAUGAGUUGUAUCACGAGCUGUCGCAGGAGGAGUUCAAGGCUUUGCAUGAGAAAAUGAAAGCCCUCAUCAAGUCUAUUGCCACAGCAGACAUGGACCCCUCCCAGCUGGAGGCCUUCCUCACAGCGCAGACGAAGAGGCAGGGGAGCGGGGGGCUGAGUGCCGAGCAGGCCGCCGCCCUCUCUCGCUUCUGGAAGAGCCAGCGGGUGCGGGUGAGGGAAAGCCUGCUGUCUCAGAGCCGCUGGGAGCCUGGCCUCAGGGGCCUUUCCUGGAGGGUUGACCUCCACACUGCAACCAGCCGGGGGGAUGCAGCACACAGCGGCCCGGUGGCCCUGAUGGAACUGGAGCUGGGCCGAGCGGGACAGGACUCAGAGUUCGUGUGUCUGGAGUUUGAUGAAGCCAAGGUCAACCAGGUGCUGAAGAAGAUGUCUGAUAUCCAGGAAAGCAUCGACAGAAUCGUUCAUCGAACCUGAAACUAAAAGAGAGCUUUUCCUUCGGCAGCAGAGAAAUGUGAAGGUGGGAUUCUGACGGAGAGACGAAGUCAGACCAUCUCGAGCUUUCUCCUCCGGAAAAUUUCCCUCUGCUGAUUUGCCAGGAUGGAUCCAGCAUGGCUCUGCCCACAGACUUUAAAGGCAUCCCGUGUGUGAAACAUAAUCCUCAUUUCAAUACAACUUGUCAUAUAGACUCGUCCACAUAUUAAGGGUCUUGUUGAUGGACCAAAAAAGUGUUGUUUUUUCAACCAACACUAACUCAAAGUGCCAAACGGUUUUUUAUGAGUGAUGCUUCUUUAUGCCCUUUCUGAAAGUGUGUGUUAAAGCAACAUUUUCAAGCAUUUUCUUUUCAAAUACAAUGAAACAGAAACAAAAGUCGUUAAAGCAAACACUGCAACCUAAUUUGAAAAUGAUAAAGAGGCUGAUCUUUAAAUCUAAAGUCAGACAGAACAUAAACUGUUGCUUUAGAUGGAAAGUGCAUUUAAAGUCAACGCAGACAUGUUCAAGAACUCAAAAGCAUUGAUAUUAAUAACUUUGAGUUAAACAAUUUUCCUCUGAUGCUGUUUCUCGAGAAGCAAGUGUUACAAACAACGAUAAUUUGCAUUCAAUCCAAACGCCUUAGCUACUAAAUCAUAAAAUGCUAACAUUAGCAGAAAAUGAUUGUGUCAAUAUUCUGAAUAUGAAUUUUAGCAUUUAGCUCCAAAAAUACUGAUUCUGUCCCACUGGAAAUGCUCACUAAGUAGCUAAUGCUUACAACAUGUGAGCAUUUCAUUCAAACAUUUAAUUCAAUACAACUUUAUUCAUCCCUACAAGUGAAUAUGUGAUGCAUAGAACAACUAAAACCUAUCCAGGAUAUUACUGAGAUGUUAGCAAGGUAGCAUAAGCGUUUAGCUCAAGGUGCAGCUGAUAGCCUUCACUUUAGACUGAUGAACGCUUUCUGUUGUGAACAUUAUUUGUCAUGUACCCGAACAGAGUUUACAUCGUCCUGUUCCUUUAAGGAGACGGCAUCAUCAUCCAUUUCUGAGCCUAGCCUGGUGUCAGGUGGACUGCCUGCAGGGGCAGAUUUCACGUGGCCCAUUAAUUCUUAAGAGGAACAAAAGCCUGCAGGACCUCAGCAGCACUUGAGCAGUUUGAUUGAGGACUUGAUUCGUUAGUUCAGAUUAAUAGUAGCUAUUUAUAUAAAGUCAGUUAGUUAAAUCUGCACUCAGAUCCAGUGGGAUGCAUUGCCUCCCCUAAAGGGAGAGUUCAGAUUUUGUGGGGUCACAGGAAGUACUGUAGCAACGUACUUUGGCACAGUUUGGAUAGACAGAGAAGGAUACCAGCACAGAAUGUAAUCAAGCUGUGGACGGAGGGGGCAUCUAAAUCUAUUUAAGCCACCUUUAAUCUAUAUCAGUGUAAGUGUGCAUUUGGAAUCUUUUCAACGCUUGACAGACCUUUUUUUAAAGAAUAUUUUUGGGCAAACACUGCCUUUAUUGAUAGUGAAAUGGGUAUGAAAUGCGGCAAAUGGAUUUUGAUGCCUCCAUCUGGAGACCAGUACAUCGGCUGCUAGCUCCACCAAACUAGCUACACGGUGGCCCCAAACAGCUCUCUUACUGAAGUCCUUUUCUAUGCUCUCUGCAAAACCACUAGACUCCAUUCAGAGAAAAUGUACUUUUUACAAAGAACAACCGAGUUGCUGGUUGACUUCUGCCUCGAUCUGUGAGUUAGUUUCUGUUCAUUUAUGACUUUGGACGAGUAAACCUUAAAAACGAGUCACACAAAAAUACUGUUAUCGAUGGAGUCUGCAGGCUUUGAAUUCUCUAAAUUAAGUUCUCUGUUGGAAAGGGCUGUCUGAUGGCAGAUUCAAAUAUACAGUACGCUUUAAAUAAUGACGAUUUAUUUUAGAUGGCUAACAAAAUGUAAGCUCCUGCCUCCUAAAGAAUGGCCCUUUUCCCCAACUUCUGAGGGUGCUCAAACCACCAAACUAAGAAUGAUAUUAAUUAGUGAUAUUGCUCCAGAGGUGGGUGGCACUGACAAGCAAUACAAUGAUUGAUAAAUAAACUCUUAAAUCAAUAAAGUAUAAACCAUAAAAACCCUGCUUUUGCUUUCAGGCCAAAAGAUUGCAUUUACAACCCAACCCAAGAUCAUGCUAGGAGAGUAAUGUGAUGAAUGAUACUCUAUUCUAUACUGUCUUAAAUGUGCUCACACACAUAUUUCUGAUUUGUAAUAGUUAUUGUGUUUUGAUUCAAGUGUUUAGUGUUUGCUGGACAUAAAUGCAAGAGAACCCAAACUAUAAUUAAUAAUAUAAAGGAGAUCUGUCAGUGCUUGCUGGGUGCAGAGAAAUAUUCGUUUGUGCACGAUUGAACUUCAUUAAUCAUUUUGAAGGACUGCUCAAUGUAAAUAUGUCCUUGUAUUUGUCAUUAUUGCUUUGUAAUAAACUUCUAAGACAUCUUGUUGGAA